AUGAUGCCAACUGCCCUUCAGCCCAUGGCCACGCCGCUCCUUGACGAGACUGCCACCGUUUCCACGGCCCUGAAGAACCCCGGUCUUCAUAUGGCUUCGACGAAUAAUCCUCCUACCUCUGCAUCUACCUCCUCGGCCGGUUCAGCCUUGAAUAUCGCCGCAAUUGUCUCGAAUAAUGCGCGUGCCGUCUCGUCCCCGCAGAAUCAUGUCGCUCCGUCUGUCGUACCUCCGCCGGAAACCCCGUCUGGAACAAUAGUCAUUGUGUUUGGCGCGGGCAUGGAAAGCAUUGUACACAUGGUCGCGGAGGUGCUUGGAAAACCAUGGACUACGGAAACUUCGCUUGCGACGCUGGCUAGAGCUACGGAUGUGGUCGUCGCUGGAGUGCUGGCGCAUGAUCUGGAUCGGAGUCUGGAGGGAUGCGACAGGUCGUCGAUUAUCCUGAUUAACACGCAUUGCGUGGAGGAUGGAUCGGCCCCCGAGGAUGCAAUUACUGAGGCUUGCGAUUACGAGUUCUUGUACUCGCGCAGUCCGUUUUUGCGCCGUGAUUUGACGCGCUUUUUGUCGCUGAUCCUCGGUCAGACGAGGCCACAUGAAGACCUGCGCACCAAGAGGCGGACGAAUUUCAUUUCGACUACUUUCCCCGACGUUCAUGCCGCGCUGCCCAAUCUGGAUAUUUUGUCGGUGGGAUCGGAUGCGGUUGAAAUCCGUGUGGACUUGCUGGUCGAGCCUACGGCGGAUGGAACUGCAGCAGGCUCGGUACCGAGUUUGAAGUACGUGGGCCAGCAAUUGAUGAUACUCCGGCAACAUACCGAAUUGCCUAUUAUAUUCACGGCAAGAUGUACCAAGGAGAAUGGAAAAUUCCCCAUGGACGAUCCCAUGCUGUUCUACAAGUACUUGCGACGGGCGAUCCAAUGGGGUGUUGAAUAUGUCGACGUGGAACUGUGGCUGCCCGAAGAGAUUCGCCGGCGGUUAUCAGAAGUCAAGGGUCAUAGUAUCAUCAUGUCUGCGUUCCACGAUUUCUCCGGGACGUGGAAGUGGACGGCUCCCGAGGCGCAGCGUGUUUUUGCCGAGAGCGCCAAGUACGGUGACAUUGUCAAGAUGAUUGCGAUGGUCUCGACGAUCGAGGAGAACUAUGAACUGGAAUACUUCCGCUCUACCAUCAAAAGCCGGGGACCAGGCCCUCUCCUCUCCGCCGUCAACAUGGGCCAAAUGGGUCAACUGUCGCGUGCCUUGAACACCGUCUUCUCGCCAAUCACCCACCCUCUCCUCCCCAUGAUCGCCGCACCAGGCCAAUUGACCGCAGCCGAGAUUAACGAGGCCCUGCACAUCAUGGGCCAACUGCCGAAACGCGAUCUCUACGUUAUCGGCUCGUUCCGCGCCACCCCCCACUCCAUGUUCAUGGAAAAGUGUCUCAACGAGCUCGGCCUCCCACACACCUUCACCUCCAUCGACCGCGGGCCCAAGGGCUCCAUGGAGUCCGUCCUCACCCAGCCACAAUUCGGCGGUGCGUGCCUCAACCCACCUAUCCCCAGCUCCACCACCUACAUACCCGCCAUCAGCGACGCAGCCCGCGCCAUCGGCCUCGUCGACACCAUCGCCCUCGCUGCACCAGCCGAAUCCGGCAGCGCGCGGUUCAUCGGCGAAAACGCCGCGUGGAAGGGUAUCCGCGCCACACUCACGCGCGAGUACGUACCCUCCGCGUACCGCGGCCGCGCUGCAAUCAUCCUCGCCGGGUCCGAGAGCGACGCUUCAGCUGCGAUCUUUGCCCUGCGCUCUCUAGGCGUGGGCUCGAUCUACACGGUCGGCUUUAAGGCUAGUGGACCCCUUGCUGCGGGCUUGGAACCGUUUACCUCUAUUCAGUCGGUCAAAUUGGUCGAGCAGCCCUUUGUUAUUGUCUCGGCGUUGCCGCCGGAGAAAUCCCUGCUUGUGCAGCCGUUGUUGCGGCAUUAUCGGACUAAUGGUCGUUCGUCGCCGCCUUCUACGAGGGGGAAGGUUUAUUUAGAUUUGACUAGUGGGCCCAGGAAGGGUGAUCCGCUUGGUGUGGCUAGUAGUGCCGGUUGGACGGCGUAUGGGAGUGAGGAUGUUAGUGCUUGGACGACCGUGGAGACGUUAAGGUUGUUAGUUGGACAGAAUGUGCCGUUUGAUUUUGUGAGGAUGGCGUCUGGACGGCCGUUGUUCUAG